CAUACACUGUACACCCACACGAGGCGGACUUCUCCUGAUUUGCAUAAACAUUGCAAUAAGUAGAGUGUGAACUGAGCUAGCUAUCGUUCAACGGACAAGUAUUUUAUACGUACAUGCCGUAUACAACGCGGCUGUUGUGUUACUGUCCUGGUGCGAAUUUACGUUGUUUCCUCAGGAAAAAGUAUGGCGUCCACUACCCACACUGUGUGGGUUACUACGGGAGACAAGAAGAAUGCCGGUACGGAUGCCAAUGUAUCUGUACGUUUCCACAGCGGGGAUGGAAGUAAGACUACUGAUGUCAUCAAGUUGGAUAAUUUCUUCAGGAACGACUUUGAAAGAGGACGAAAAGACACCUUCUCGGUGUCUUUGCCCGUUAUUGGCAAUAUCGACAACAUAGAGUUGUGGCGAGAUUCUGCUGGUCUGGGUGACGAGUGGUUCCUAGAUAUAGUCGAGGUAUUGUGUAGAACAUCAGGCAAUAAGUACGUCUUCCCUUUUUACCGUUGGAUCAAAGCAGAUUAUCACUACCGCAUACGCCAUCUUGAUACGUCACUUCCGUCUGAAACGGACCCCUUCAAAGAUCAACGUAAGAUGGAACUAGCAGAAAUGAAAAAGAUUUAUGAAAUCCAUGCCCAGGCUCCAGGACUUCCUGGACAAGUGAAAAAUCUACCUUCUGACGAAAAUUUUUCGGAUGAUUAUAAAUGGGAUAUACAGAGCAAGAAAAUCAACCUGAAGCUUACUUCAAAAAUACAGGAAUACUUCACUGGUACAUGGAAUAACCUGGAGGAUCUAAAAAAUGUCUACACCAAGGAGAGUCUAUUUCUACCAGACAGUGCUAACCACUGGCAGGAUGAUGAGUAUUUUGGAAGCCAGAGAUUGACAAAAGUGAACCACUCCGUCAUACGCCUCUGUACGGCAAUACCAGCCAAUUUGGCAGUGACUGACGAAAUGGUCAAGACCAUCAUAGAAGGCCUUUCUCUUCAACAAGCAAUGGAUGCCAAGCGUCUCUUCUACAUUGAUUACAAAAUGCUUGAAGAUAUACCAUGUUCAGGAGACAGAAUGAUAUGUGCUCCAAUCGGUCUGUUUUUUGUCAAUAAAGAGAAAAAAUUGAUGCCAGUUGCCAUACAGCUGAAACAGAAUCCUGGACAGGACAACCCGGUGUUUUUACCCACAGAUCCAGAAUACGUCUGGCUUACAGCUAAACUAUGGUUUAACAAUGCAGACUGUUCGUAUCAUCAAGCGUUCACUCAUCUUGGUGCCACACACUUGAUGAUGGAAGGUACAGCGGUAGUGACCAAUCGGAACCUGUCCAAGUCACAUCCGGUCUUCAAGCUCCUCGCUCCACACUCUCUUUAUUUGCUGGCUAUUAAUACACGAGCACUUGGAAAGCUGGUUAGUCCUGGAGGUUGGGUGGACAAAGCUAUGUCAAUCGGUCGUCUAGGGAUGUUUGAAAUUGUCAGAAGAGAAACUAGUAAAUGGAGAAUGGAUGUUGAAGGAACACUGCCGAAAGACCUUGAAAGCAGAGGUGUACUGGAUGAAAAUGUGUUACCCGGUUACUAUUACCGUGAAGAUGCCUUACCGCUGUACAGCAUCAUCAGGAAAUAUGUCGGCGACUACUUAGCACUGUAUUAUGAUUCACAACAAAAGUUACAGGGAGACAAGGAAAUACAAGGUUGGGCCCAAGAGCUGGUAAAACCAGUACCUGAUGGAGGAUGUGGAAUAAAGGGUGUACCGGGAGAGGGCAAGUUCGAGACCAUAGAUCAGCUUUCACAAUGUUUGACCAGCAUCAUUUUCACGUGCAGCGUAGCACACGCUGCUACAAAUUUCGCUCAAUACGACCAGUAUGGCUUCCCUCCAGCAUAUCCAGCCGCAAUGAAUGGGAAACCACCCACAGACAAGACGCCAGUGAAAGAGGAGUGCGUUCUGGCUGCUCUUCCAGAUAAAGCUACCACACUGGACACGAUGAUCAUCACCAAGAUCCUCAGUGACAAGGGCACUAACAGCCUCGGGGACUUCGAAGUCCAGUAUAUAUUUGAUCCUGCAGCCCUUGUAGUUGUCGAAGAGUUUCGACACGACUUGAAGCUGUUGUCUCUGGCAAUCAAAGAAAAAAACAAGAAACGUAUGCCGAUUUACCCAUGGUUAGACCCCGAGGAGGUUCCGAACGCCAUCAGUAUCUAAAUGUUAGGACAGUAUACAUUUACGGGCGUUUUAAUGUUUUGCAUUUGGCAUAUUUUUCGUCCAAUAACAUGACAUCUAUUAUUAGAUAGGAUACGUCUCUAUCGUUUUUAAAGAGUACAUGGAAUGAUUUACAAUAUUCAGUUUGAAAAGACACCAUUUCAUAAAACAAAAUGUUGAGAAAGUACGAACACCAUAGCGACUUUCCUUUCAGAGAAAUCGCGAUUUUUCUGGAAAUGUCAACUGUGACCCAACGGUGAUGACCCAAUUUUAGUGUCUUAGAUCUGUGACGUCACAAGUUCAAUGCGGUCGACUCAGCCCUAUUAGAUUCUACCUGGCUGCUGUUGGUUGAACUUGCGAUGUCACAGCCAGAAGCCUCUCAUACAGAGUGAACAGUGCACUAAUAAGACGGAUCUAAAUCGCGCACUUUGGCGGUCGAUAUCACGGUACAUGAUGGGCCGAUUUUUAUACCGUUCCGGGUACACUUUAAACUUGAAGGACAUAUUGAUGAAACUAAAAGGAUUUAAGAUGGCGGUAUUCUAAACACUGGCUGUUAAAAUGCAUAAUAUUGCACUCACGGUAUAAAAGCUGUCGUGUUGACCUUUGAAAAGAGAAAACAGGUAUUUUGCAUAUGCGUGCAUGUAACAGUUCAUUGACGAAUCAGUGGUGAUGGCUAAGAGGUUACGUCGGUGAGUAAAGUUAUAAGCAUUUAACGAGUUCGAAUCCCGAAUAGGCUCCGUUUUCCUUUAGAAUUAAAGUAGGUUUUUGUUGGUGUGCUAUUUAUGUGUGCAUUUGUUGUUGUGGGUAUUGGUGAAUCAAAUGUUCUUUUUUUAUUUUCCUUUUUUAUAUAUAUAUUUUUUUUAAAUUAAACAUUCCAUUUUUUCACUUUAAAUUUAAAUAACACAAUUAUGAGCUCAAUCUUUUGGAAGAUGGUGAUAGCAUAAAAUAGUUCACAUUGGGUAUUAUGUAAAUAUAUACAACAGCCUAAUGAUGCUUAUAAUCGAUCAUAAUUAGUCUUUGUCGGAGCUCUAGUAUCAUUUACCAUCAGCAAACUCAAUGUCGGAGUAACACACACACACA